AUGCUCUGGCAACUUGCAAUCGUGACUAUUAUUGUCAACGCAGUCGCAGCUUGGUCUCCUACAAAUAGCUACGCUCCAGGGAACGUUAGCUGUGCCGAUGACAUCACUCUGGUGCGAGAAGCUUCUGGCUUGUCCGCCAACGAAACUGCAUGGUUGAAAAAAAGAGAUGCGUACACCAAAGACGCGCUAAAAACCUUCCUGGACCGUGCUACCCAAAACUUCACAAAUACUUCUUUUGUCGACACGCUUUGGAGCACGGGCCAAAUCCCCAAACUCGGCGUGGGCUGCUCUGGCGGUGGCUACAGAGCAAUGCUCAGCGGCGCAGGAAUGCUGUCUGCAAUGGACAACAGAACCGUCGGAGCCAACGACCACGGUUUGGGAGGCUUACUGCAAAGUGCCACAUAUCUUGCAGGUCUCUCUGGUGGUAAUUGGCUAGUGGGAUCGCUUGCAUGGAAUAACUGGACAUCUGUUCAGGACGUGAUCGACAAUCGGGGCAAAGACAACGAGCUCUGGGACAUCAGCAACUCGCUUCUAAAUCCUGGUGGAGUCAACAUUUUGAGCAGUGCAUCUCGCUGGGACCACAUCUCCGAUGCGGUCGAGGCGAAGGACGACGCCGGCUUCAAUACUUCUCUAACGGAUGUCUGGGGCCGAGCCCUAUCCUACGAAUUUUUCCCCACCCUCUACCGCGGUGGAGAAGCCUACACAUGGUCUACUUUGAGAGAUGCAGACGUGUUCAAAAACGCAGAAAUGCCCUUCCCCAUUUCAGUCGCAGAUGGAAGAUACCCUGGAACGGAAAUUAUCGAUUUAAACUCCACUUUGUUUGAAUUCAAUCCCUUCGAGAUGGGGUCUUGGGAUCCUUCGCUAAACGCCUUCACCGACGUCAUGUACCUGGGAACGAACGUCUCGAACGGCACACCCGUCGCGCAGGGCAAAUGCGUAGCGGGCUUUGACAAUGCAGGCUUCAUAAUGGGAACAUCUUCCACUUUGUUCAACCAAUUCUUGCUGCAGUUGAACACCACCUCUUUGAGCUCCUUCAUCAAAGGAAUCGUUGGCGAUUUUUUGAAGGACUUGUCAAGCGACUACGAUGAUAUUGCCAUCUACGAGCCCAAUCCUUUCAAAGACACCCCAUACGUUGCAUCUAACUACAGUCAGAGUAUCGUCGAGUCCGAAAAUCUCUUCUUAGUCGAUGGUGGUGAAGACGGGGAAAACAUUCCUUUGGUACCAAUGUUGCAGGAGGAAAGAGAUUUGGACGUUAUUUUUGCUUUGGACAACAGUGCUGACACCGAUGAGUACUGGCCAGCCGGAUUGUCUUUGAUUGCAACCUACGAACGUCAAUUCGGUCCGCAAGGAGAAGGUCUCGCUUUCCCUUACGUGCCAGAUGUUAACACAUUUGUCAACAAAGGACUGAACACCAAACCUACCUUUUUCGGGUGUGAUGCCUCGAACUUGACAAGCUUGGCGCGUACCCCACCAUUGAUCGUGUACAUGCCCAACAACCGUCAGUCCUACAACUCUAAUACCAGCACAUUCAAGAUGUCCUACAGCUCUAACCAACGCAUGCACAUGUUCCAAAACGGAUUUGAGGCUAUAACACGAAACAACAUGACCGAUGACUCGGGAUUUGCGGGCUGUGUUGCCUGCGCCAUCAUGAGACGCAAACAAGAAUCUUUGAACAUCACUUUGCCCCAGGAAUGCACUCAGUGCUUCAAAGAUUAUUGCUGGGAUGGAAAAAUUGAGACAUCUGGUGCCGGAGUCAGUACUGUGGGGACCUACAGCGGUUCGAUCUCCUUCCAAACGGACGCUGCUUCGGCAACGGGAAGUUCCUCAUCAACAGCGUCAAGUUCCAGUAAGCAAAAUGCGGCCGCUCAGAUGUAUCCAACUUACAGCACAGGCUGGAUCAUUGGAACCAUUACCGUAUUAGGCUCAGUUCUUGGUCUGAUGUAA